AUGUCGGUUUUAGAUCUUUUUUCUCUCAAGGGCAAGGUUGUCCUUAUCACGGGCGCCACCAACGGCAUUGGCAAGGCCAUGGCCCAGGCCCUGUACGAAGCGGGGGCGUCAGUGAUUCUGACGCACAGACCAGCGACCGAUCCCGCGUCCACGGUACAGUUUCUGCGUGACUCUUAUCCGGGGUCGGAAUCCAAAAUAGGCACCAUCGAGGUCGACCUGGGCGAAGUCAGGAUAGAGGACCUUGAAGCGAAAAUUGUCAGGCCCGCUCUGGAGUUGUCUCCUACAGGAGUGAUAGACAUUCUCAUCAACAACGCGGGUGUCACCAACCGCGACUCCAUCGUGGACGCUUCUUUCGAAGAGUACCACAAGGUGCUGCACGUCAACUUGCACGUGCCGUCGGAGCUCUCCAAGCUAGUUGCCAGACAGAUGAUCAAUAAGAAGAUCAGAGGAAAGAUCCUAUUCACGGCUAGUCUAACGUCUUUCCGUGCUGCUUCCAAUCUCGCAGCGUACACCACGUCCAAAGGAGCUAUUGUGCAGUUUGCAAAAUGCUGCGCGGUGGAAUGGGCCCAGUACGGAAUUAACGUCAACUGUAUUGGCCCGGGAUACAUCCGGACGAACAUGACAACGUUCCACACCAGCGACGAGGCUAGAGAGACCCGUAUCUUGAACAAAAUCCCAAGAGGCAGAUGGGGCACUCCCGAAGACUUCAAAGGACCAGUGGUCUUCCUGUGCUCGGCCGCUAGCGAGUAUGUGGACGGAGAAUGCCUGAUGGUGGACGGUGGAUUUUUAGCUCUGAUGUAA